CCCCGGUCUGACUGUGAGGAUUUCCCUGUCAGUUACGGCUCCAAAGAUUCCAUCCUCAGCCACAAAAACAGCUGGAGAAAACAGAAAGGAAAAAACGGAAGAGAGAGGCUUGGUACAGACAGGAGCAGCACUGGCAGCAGUGAUAGGAAGCAGGUGACCUCGGCCCUAAACGGAAGAACAGCCAUGCGCUGCUCCACGGUGCUGUGUAUCCUGACAGCUGUGCUGGUCUACCUGGUCAUGGGAGCACUGGUGUUCCACUACUUAGAGGCCCCGUAUGAGAAAGGAAUUCACAUCCAACUCCUGGAAGCCCGGCGGGAAUUCCUGGACAAUUAUACUUGUGUGAGCCCUGAUAUGCUCCAAGCCCUGAUAGAGAAGGUUACAGAUGCCAUUGGGGACGGGGUCGACCCAAAGAACAAUGACACGUUCAGCAGCAGCUGGGACCUUGCCAGUGCUUUCUUCUUCUCUGGCACUAUCAUCACCACCAUUGGUUAUGGGAACAUCUCCCCAAAAACAGAGUGGGGAAAGCUGUUCUGUAUCUGCUAUGCCCUGGUGGGGAUCCCCAUGUUUGGGUUCCUGCUAGCUGGAGUAGGGGACCAUUUAGGAACUGGGCUGAGGAAUGCUAUUGCUAAGAUAGAGAUGCUCUUCCUGAAGUGGAGAGUGAGUGCCACUAUUGUUCGUAUCAUCUCUGCUGUACUGUCUAUCCUGCUGGGCUGUAUACUCUUUGUCUUUGUGCCCACGCUGGUCUUCCAGGAGGUGGAGAGAUGGUCCUUGCUGGAAUCUGCCUACUUUGUAGUCAUCACUCUCACCACUGUGGGCUUUGGGGACUAUGUAGCAGGUGAUGGAGGGGCUAAGGGCACAGACCACUGGUAUAAACCUCUGGUGUGGUUCUGGAUCUUACUUGGAUUGGCUUACUUUGCCUCCAUCCUCACCAUGAUUGGGAACUGGCUACGAGUCCUUUCCAGAAAAACGCGUGCUGAAAUGGAAGAGCUCAGAGCACAUGCCACUGACUGGACCCAGAACAUCCAGAACAUGUCUGUGGAUUUCCGCAUUGCUGGCAAACUGGAUGACCCAUUUAAGCGUCGACGGCGAAAACGUCGCCAUGGCCAGCGCAGUCAUGGAACCAGCCAAAGUGUUCCAGGCAAUAACGGACCAGGAGAAACCAGGAGACGAGAGAACGGAUAUUAUGAUGACCAAUCUGAAUCUGGGUCCUCUUCAUACUCAUAUACAUCCAAUGAAUCAGACUCGGAAUCUGAGACAAGCUCAGAGGCAACUCAGACGGAGCAAGUGCCAGACAUGAUCGGUAGGAAAGAAAUAACAGACCCCACAUUCUCACAACCACUGGAUUACUUUGGAGAAAAUCUAGCCUAUAUUGAUGAGUCCUCAGAUGCUGUUAGCGGCAAGCUUCACGUGGACCCACUCCUGGACAGGCAUGACUCCAAAACGGCUGCAAUGCACAAGGCUAAGAGGAGACGUCCCAGGAGACCAGAAGGAAAGAAAACACCCAAAACUAGCCCCUCUAAGCAGCAGCACACAGCGCCCAAUGGAGGAAUUCUAAUAACGCCACCUAAUAACACCCCACCUGCUUCACCACAGCCUUAAUGUGUCCAAUGUGAGGGAAAGGUGCUCCCUCAGAAGUGCAUUUUAGGGUUGGUUGGAAAGACUUCACUAGUUUACGCUUCCCUUGUUGUCAAUGUCUUCAUGCCUGAUUUAGCACAAGAAUGAGAGAAGCAGAAUUAGACUAUUUUUUUUGUCAGCAUGUGACUUAGGUGGGAGAUCAGUCAUCACGUGCUUACAGACACCUAAACAAAGCUCUUAGCUCCAUCUGCUGGCUGUUCUUGGAGCUGCAGCUGGAUUGCCUGUGUGAUACGUUUGAGCAAAUUCAGCUCUUGUCAUGGUGGCCUUCAGCCUGCCUUAGUGCUCUUUACAAUAAUUUCUUAAUUAAAACGACCUGACUGUACUACACACCCAAACAUUCUCUGACUUUACAUUCUGAUGCCUUUUAU